UGUGUGCACCACAUGAAUGCAUGGCUGACAUGUCAGUGUAUUGAUAUUGCGUUUGCUAAGAUGUUGUCUAAGAAAGAUCAGCAAUCGGUUUACAAAUGUCAUCGUCCAUCGGAAUUUGGUGAAGGAUAUGCGUUCUUGGUAGCCACUAACUAAGUGAGUUUGCUGGAAGUUUGCUCACUCUAGUCUGAGAUAGUUCGCCAGUAAGUCUGACCUAGCUAGCUACAUUUUAAAUAGUUUAUUGUCAUGGGACGAAAGAAGCAGGGUAAAUUUGAGCGUUCUGACAAUAAAGGGAAAGAUAAAAGACACAAGAUGAAAGGGAAAUCCCUUGAAACUUUCACAGAAGAAAUGCACGGCGCAUUACAAGCCACAUUGCACCCAGAGGAAGGAGAGGAAGCUGCCCAGGUGAAAUUGCCCUGUCCGCUGGCUAUGUGGGAGCUUGGCCACUGUGACCCCAGGCGCUGUACUGGCAGGAAGCUGGUCCGUAAAGGCUUUGUGCGUAACCUUCGUCUUAACCAGAGGUUCAAUGGCCUCAUAUUGAGCCCCAUGGGCACAAAAUAUGUCACACCAGCAGACCGAGAGAUUGUGGCUCAGAGUGGACUGGCAGUCAUUGAUUGCUCUUGGGCCAAGCUUGAUGAAACUCCCUUCAGUAAGAUGACAGGGAGUCAUCCUCGCUUGCUGCCUUUCCUGGUGGCAGCAAACCCAGUCAACUAUGGCAAGCCUUGCAAGUUAUCUUGUGUUGAGGCUUUUGCUGCCACGUUCUGCAUUGUGGGCUUUCAGGACCUGGCUGUAAUCCUACUGAGAAAAUUUAAGUGGGGUACAGUAUUCCUGGACCUGAACAAAACACUGCUGGAGCGCUAUGCAGCCUGUCAGUCAGAAGACGAGCUGCUGGCUGCUGAGAAAGAGUACAUCAACAAACAACCAGAAGAGGCGGAGUUUGAUCCUUUCGAUGUUGACUCAGGGAGGGAGUGCAUGAACCUCAACAGACCUCAGUGUGUUGCUGAGGAAGAUGAUUCAAGCAGUGACGAAGCUAGGGUGUCAGAAGAUGGUGAAGAUGAUGAUGACGAUGAUGAAGAACUAAAGGAACACAGAAAAUGACCCCCAGGAUUGUUAAAACAACUGAUUUGUAUUAAAUAACUUCAAUUAUUUACAAUAAAAUAAAUUCGCUUUUCUAA